AUGGCGCACCAAGGCCAGUCCAGAUUGAUUGAGGACCAUCCUAUUGGAAGCAGUCUCGACGUUUUUCGCGAUUCUUUCAACUCCCUCUGCAAAGACAGAACCAUCUUUCACUCGCCUGAUCCGCUUGCCCACUUUACCCAUGAAGAUAUCCAGAAUCUCGCUCUCGAUCUCCUUUCCCUUCUGCGAAAACUCCCCGUCAUCCUCUUAUUGCAAUCAAAGACAGGCCACGGCCCCCUCCGAAACGAUCUCCUCAAACUCAUUUCUGCUGUUGCCUCGGAUGACUUCGACUUUGACCGCGUCAAACCCUUGUUAAAAUCCGCGCUCGCUGAUGAGCUAGACGAUGCCAUCAUCUGGAAUCAUCUCUACGAAGCUGUUACAGAAUCGACCCCGCCUCCUCGACCAAUACCUUCGUCGAUCCAACAAACGCCGUUGAGUCAGAAUACAAGCGGCCUCGUGAACUCGUCGGAAUUUCGCCAGAAUGUGGAUCCGAUCCUUAAGUUGGAGCUUGAGCAUCUCUAUACUGGACUACCCAAUUUCCACAAAGCCUUCUUUGGAGACGUGCCAGACCUCGACAGAGUCUCUGAGGCAGUUUUUCGCAGGUGCACCGACGGCGACCAUCCGCUGUUCACUGAUGGUUGGACUGGAUGGCCAGCAACCGCCAAAGAGAGCGAGGUGCUGGCUUGGUUUAGUGGCUUGAUACCCAAGCUGGAAGCAUUCGCAAGCGACCACGAUCCGAGAGUGGCGACCCGACGCAAGCUAUUGGCGCAGCCUAGGACUCCAUUAAUUGGCUCCACAGGCAAACGCAGCAUGGAUAUCGGCUUUGUUAACAGUGGAAUCACUUACAAUCCUGACUCUGAAGAUUCGAGAUAUCGCUGGUCACACAUCCUCGUUGCCGGCGAACUGAAAAGCAACCCGAAGGCGGACACACAGUCGAUUGCAUGGAUUGAUCUUGCAAGGUAUGUGAGAGAGGUAUUCGGGGCCCAAGAGACUCGUCGCUUCGUACUGGGCUUUACUCUCUGCGGGUCUCUUAUGAGGGUAUGGGAGUUCGACCGGCUUGGGGGAAUCGCCUCCGAACAAUUUGAUAUCAACAAGAAGGCUGGUGGGCUACAGUUUGUGACGACCAUCCUCGGAUUUCUACGGAUGAACGAGGAGAUGCUUGGGUUUGACCCUACCAUUAGAGCAUCUGGCGAUGAGCAAUAUAUCGACAUUGAACGACACGGCAAAACAGAGCGCCUCAUCAUUGACGAGGUCAUGAAGCGAGCACAUUGCGUUGCCGGUCGGGCGACUGUCUGUUGGAGAGCUCAUCGCAAGGAGGAUCCGCAGACACCGCUUGUUAUCAAAGACUCGUGGCAAUAUACUGAUCGGGACGAAGAAGGCGAACUUCUCCGAGAGGCGACUGAGAAAGGCGUUGCUAACGUUGCCCGAUAUUACCAUCAUGAGACCGUUCGCGUACGAGGUGCCAAUGACGACAUCCAACAAAACAUUCGAAAGUGCCUGGACGUCACAGAAGCUGCUAACUAUCGACCAGGACGUGCGACGCUACAGUCCAGUACGAACGUAUCUAUUUCCCGCAAAGGGCGAAGCACCAGCGCUGGCAUUAAGCGGCCAUCCAGCGAUGCUGACGCCACUCUACCGCCGAUUAAGCGGUCCCGUCCAAAUUCUCCAAUAAAGGCAAGCGGCGAACGACCACCAAACCGGAUGCACCGGCGAGUUAUCCUUAGCGACUACGGAAAACCAAUCUAUAAAGCAAGCUCUCGCGUAGCGCUGCUUUCUGCGGUGGAAGGCUGCAUUGACGGCCAUUAUCACUUGCACAAGGCGGGCCUUCUCCACAGAGACAUUUCUAUCAACAACCUCAUGAUGAACGAGGACGAAAAGAACCCCUCUAGGACAGCCUUCUUGAUCGACCUUGACCUUGCUGUCCGAGAGCAACGAGAAGGUGCUUCUGGGGCAAAGGGAAAGACAGGAACGAGGGCAUUUAUGGCUAUAGGAGCACUGUUGGAUGAUGAGCACUCCUUCAUGCAUGAUCUUGAGUCCUUCUUCUGGGUAUUGUUCUGGAUAUGUAUUCACUACAAUGGCCCUAACGACGGCAAGCCGGUGCCGCGAUUUGAAAAAUGGAAUUAUGUUGAUACGGAUGAGUUAGCAGAACUGAAGAAGGGCGAGAUCGCGGAUGAGGAAGAUUUUCUCAAGAAGGUAGACAAGCAUUUCACGUCGCACUACCGGCCGCUGAUCCCAUGGGUCAAUAGGCUGCGAAGGAAAGUAUUUCCUAAUGGUGGGAGAUGGAAGAGGCAAGAGCCGGAGCUCUAUUCCUCGAUGAAGAAGAUCCUCCACGAUGCCCGGAUGGAUCCAAAGGUGUUGGCGGAACGUUGA